GUGUAUGAUAAACAUAUAGAUACACAUAUAUGUAUACAUAUGUAUAUGAAUAUCCGACUCAUCAGUAAGAAUCACGCGAGGCAGAAAUUCCGCUCGAUGAUAAUCGAUCCAAUGUAUUGUCGCUUCCUGAAUAUACCUAAAUAAUACGCAACGUAGCAUAGAUAAGACACAUAAUUAAAAUAUUUGUGAAAUUAACGUGCCACGUCAAAAAUGGCUUUAGCUCUGAUAUGAAGUGAGAAGUCUGACAAAAGUGUGUUUGACAGAAAUAAAUUGUAAAUAGAACCAUAAAUAACAUAUUUUCAUACAUUUCUACGUGGACUUGUCUAAAGUAAAAUGUCAUGGAUAAGAGAGCAUACUUUGAAUUGGUUUCAAUUAUUGGCAUUAAAAAUUAUAAGGACUGGCCAUGUGCCUAAACAUGUGGCAUUUAUAAUGGAUGGUAACCGACGUUAUGCGAAUAAACAAAACGUGGCCAGAAUAGAAGGACAUGUAAGAGGAUUUGAUAAACUGGCAGAGACAUUGAGUUGGUGCAGAGAUCUGGGUAUCACAGAAGUCACAGUGUAUGCUUUUAGUAUAGAGAACUAUAAUCGCAGUAAAGAGGAAGUUGAUGGACUUAUGGAGCUUGCAAGAUGCAAGUUUAUGCGUCUUUUAGAAGAGAAGGAUAAAUUGGCAGAACAAGGAGUAUGUAUUCGUGUGAUUGGCAAUUUGUCCUUGCUUUCAGAGGAUAUGCGUAAAUUAUUUGCCGAAGCUAUGAUCAUCACUGAAAACAAUAAUAAAGCAACAUUAAAUCUUGCUUUUGCUUAUACAUCAAAGGAUGAAAUUACUCAUGCAAUUAAGGAUAUAGCAGAAGGUGUAAAACAUGCUGAUAUCUUACCAGAAGAUAUUAACGAAAGCUUGAUUUCUCAGUGUUUAUAUACUUAUAAAUCCUCAAAUCCAGAUUUAUUAAUUCGUACUUCUGGAGAAGUUCGGUUUAGUGAUUUCCUCUUGUGGCAAAUCUCCAAUACCUGUAUCUACUUUACCGAUGUAUUGUGGCCUGAAUUCAGUUUAUGGAAUUUACUUAGCGCUGUUUUCUAUUAUCAAAGAUGUUAUUCUGAUUUACAAAAAAUCGUGAAAGUACAAAAUUUGGAGCCAAGGGUGCACAAUGAUAGAGUAUCUAUGUAUCUUAAUAAGUUGCAUCAUGAACGCCAAGUUAUGAUUGAAAAUAUGUAUCUGUCAACAGUUCAAUCAUAGAUAUUAAAUAAUAUUUAAUGCGCUUAUAUUCCAGUAAAUACAAAUGUCAGUCAAAUAUGUUGAAAACCUGAAACCUGAUUGAAACCAUAUUUUGUUUCAAAUCAAUUUUCUAGGAUAGAGUGUAAACUUGUCAGGGUUGAUUAGAUAUAAAUGACUGUCGAAACUAUAAUAUAUAUAUAUAUUCUAUAAUAUAUAUUAAAAAAUUUAUACGACUCAGGGAGAUAACUACAAAUAAUUCUUCCACUUAUACAAGAUAUUUUAGAAAAUAAAUAUGUGAUAUAUAAAAAAAGGUAGAAACAAACAAAUCCUUAAAAUAUAUGUGUGAGAUCCGAGAUUGAAACAUGCAACAAUUGAAAUAUCAAUUACAAAAUUUUUACUUUUACAGAGCUUCUUUUUCAUAUAUCUUUUCUAUAAACAUAACAUGUAUCAUAAAUCUAUUCUUAUGAAUAAAUACAUAAUCAAAGAUUAGAUAAUUAAAGAAACUUGUUUUAAGAUGUAUAAACUAAAUAAUUAUCAAUCUUGCACAUAAUAAGUUGUAAUGAUUUUGACAAAUAUUAUUGAUAUUGUUAGAAUGGAAUAUUCGUUUUUCCUGAAAGGUUCUAGGUGUAAUUAUAUACAUAGAUAUUAAUAAAAUCUGUUUCCAGUAUGCAACGU